ACACAUUUUUUUAGCAAUAGUUGCGGUUGUGUUGAAUAUAUCAUCGGUAUUGUGAAGUCGUGGUGAGAGUGUGUAUCUUCAUCUUCACCUACCGAGGCUCUAUUCAAUGGAGAAACUCAAUUUUUCUCGGCAGGUGGAGUGGUGGCAGAAGAACAUCAUCUAUCGUGUUCGAAGGCUUUGGCUUACCAUCGCCACACGAUUUGGAAUUCGUAAAACUGGGCUAAAGAAGCUAAGAAAUGAUGUGAGGGCUUGUGAGUAUGAGGAUAUUCGUGUGAUGUGGGAGAUGUUGAACAGGAAUGAAUCAUUAUCAGAGUUUGGUGGCAAUUCUCCAAACAAAAUCAAGAAGAUGCAUCACUUGAAAUUGUUCAAAUGGGCAAGGUGUGUUGCUCCAUAUACUAGUCACUCCUAAUCAAUCAUCAUGCUCUUGUGUGUCAUCAUGUGUGUGAGUUUAUUUCUCUUCACAAAAAGCCACUAUACUUUGUUUGGUGUGGUUUAUUUUCUUCAAUCGGGAAUAAAGAGAUUAGGGUUUCAUGUAGAACAUGGUCUCUUCUCUCAUGUGAAUCAGCUCAAUUGUUUUGUUGUUGGUGCGCAGUGUGUGUGUGUUGUAAAUUGCGAACUACAGAAUUUGAUUCCUACUAAUAAAAAAACUCAAAUCAUUUUGUAGA